UGUUUAUCCCUAAUUCUAGGUUAUUAGCGUGAAUUUCAUAUAUGAUAGAGGUGAAUUUUAAAUUUCAGAGUGGAUUUUCUUUUAAAUGAUAUGGUACGAAACGCUUCGUUUUUGUCAUUGCAUUUAAAAAAAAAUACUCCCUCCAUCCGCGAUAUCGUUUCCACAUUUGCUGUUUCGGUCCGUCUGCGAUGUUUCCACUUCGGGCUAUUCGGAUUGUAAUUUUUAUCGGGUUGAAAAUUUUCAACCCUAACUCUGUUGGAUUGAGCCAGCCCACAGAUUUCGGGGUGAAUUGACAUUCCUAGUUAUUUCUAUCCAUAUAUUGUACUCCCUUCGUCCCACGAAUCUUGACACGUAUUCUUUUUUGAGUCGUUCCACGAAUCUUGACACGUUUAUUAUCUUCUACUUUAUUAUUUUCUAUCUUCUACUUUAUCACUUUUAUACUUUAUUACCUAUACACUUAAAACAUUAAUCUACAAUUUCUUAAUUCUCGUGUCAAAAUCAAACGUGGUGGGACGGAUGAAGUAUACAAUUAAAAAAAAUUCGAUACUUAUAUCAUUAGUAAAUAAUAAAAUUUUAAAUAUAAAAAUAAAAUAAAUAGUUCUCAAAAAAAAAAUUCCUAAAUCACUACCCAGCCCAGCAGCUUCGUCCGUCGCCGGCGGCCCCAGUCCAGCCAUCCAGUUUUAAUUGGCAAUAACGCGCGCCGACCGAGUUUCUGCUUGCAUCCCAACUCUAGUCUAGUAUAUCCGAAUGUUCCAAAUUCAAACCCUCCAACCGACUCACCUCCCAACACCCUUACGCCGCCGCAUCUCCGCCGCCUCCUCUUCAGCACUCACAGUCCCCAUCUCCACCACCAACAAAAAUCACUCAAUCCAGACCCUCUGCAGAAAGGGCAAACUGAAACAAGCUAUCCACUUGCUAUCAAACGAGGACAAUCCAACGCAGCACACCUACGAGCUCCUCAUACAAUCCUGCGCCCAGAAAAAGAGCCUCUCCGACGCAUUCACUGUUCACAACAACCUUACCGAAGAUGGCUUCCAUGAGGACCCUUUCUUGGCCACGAAGCUCAUCAACAUGUAUGCGGAACUCGGCUCGGCGCCUCACGCCCGCAAGGUGUUCGAUGAAAUUACGGACAGAACGAUAUAUGUUUGGAACGCCAUUUUUCGUGCUCUGUCUCUGUUGGGCGACGGAGAAGAGGUUCUGAGAUUGUACAGGAGGAUGAACUCGAUCGGGAUGCCCUCCGAUCGCUUCACUUACACGUAUGUGCUCAAGGCGUGCGUCGUUUCCGGUUCCCAGCUCCCUUUGUGUGGGAAGGAGGUUCACGCUCAAGUUCUGCGCCGCGGCUACGAGAGCCACCUCCAUACAAUGACUACUUUAGUCGAUAUGUAUGCGAAAUUCGGGUGUGUCGAGAGUGCUAGGGUGGUUUUCUCUUCAAUGCCGGUUAAGAAUCCGGUUUCUUGGAGCGCUAUGAUCGCGUGUUUUGCCAAGAAUGCAAGGCCGUUGGAAGCGCUAGAGCUUUUCCGAGAGAUGAUGCGUUAUGAUGUGUCGCCUAAUUCAGUCACCAUGGUCAGUGUGAUUCAAGCCUGCGCGGCGGUGUCUGCGUUGGAACAGGGGAAGUUGAUACAUGGCCAUAUACUUAGGAAAGGUUUUGAUUCGAUUUUACCGGUUAUGAAUGCCCUCGUGACUAUGUAUGCUAGAUGCGGCGAUCUUGAAUUGGGGGAGAAUGUAUUCAAUCAGAUGGGUAAGAGGGAUGUUGUUUCUUGGAAUUCCAUGAUUUCAAGCUAUGCAAUUCACGGCCUCGGAUCAAAAGCUCUUGCAAUAUUUCAGGAGAUGGUGAAACUGGGCGUAUCGCCUACUCCAAUAUCGUUCAUCAGUGUGUUGGGAGCUUGCAGCCAUUCGGGACUUGUUGAUGAGGGCAAAUUGUUGUUCGAGUCCAUGGUGAAAGAGCAUGGGAUUCGCCCUAGUGUGGAGCAUUAUGCUUGCCUCGUGGAUCUUCUUGGCAGAGCUAAUAGACUAGACGAAGCGGCUAGGGUCAUAGCUGAUAUGCGGGAUGAGCCAGGGCCGAUGGUGUGGGGCGCUCUCCUUGGGUCGUGCAGGAUUCAUUGCAAUGUCAAACUUGCAGAGAGGGCGAGCAGGAGGCUGUUCGAGCUGGAGCCCACGAAUGCAGGGAACUAUGUGCUUCUUGCUGAGAUAUAUGCGGAGGCAAAGAUGUGGAAUGAGGUGAAGAGAGUGAAGAAGCUCUUGGAAGACAAGGGGCUGCAGAAGGUGUCUGGUUGCUGCUGGAUUGAAGCUAAGAAGAGGGUCUACUCGCUUAGGUCUGUGGAUGAGCUGAAUCCGCAAAUAGAGCUGAUCCAUGCUUUGGUGGUGAAGCUGUCGGAGGAGAUGAUGGAGCAGGGGUAUGAGCCGGAGACAAAGGCUGUGUUGUACGAGCUCGAUACUGAGGAGAAGCAGCGUGUGCUGUUGGGGCAUAGUGAGAAAUUAGCAGUGACGUUUGGUUUGAUAAAUUGCAGUAGAGGAGAGACCAUAAGGAUCAGCAAGAAUUUGAGGUUGUGUGAAGACUGUCACUCCUUCACCAAGUUCAUGUCCAAGUUUGCAGAUCGAGAGAUUAUGGUUAGGGAUAUUAAUCGGUUCCACCAUUUCAAAGAUGGGGAGUGCUCUUGCGGGGAUUAUUGGUGAACUCAUUCUGAUCUUCAAUUCCAUCAGCUCAAAAAUGAUGUGGUAAAUGUUGAUGUUAUUGUUUGUUUUGUAAAUCCAUGUUCGUUAUAUAUGUAUUAAUGUAAUGCACGGGAAAUAUUUUUAUACUUUUUUCAUAUCUAUAAAAUCGUUAUAUACCCGAUUAAAAUUCAA